CAUUCGCGUUCAACAAUUUUCAACCACACAAACAGCAGCGGAAAAGAAAACGAAGAGAGAAGGCUAAUUAGCAAACUGUUUUUCUCCGUGUUCGUGUGCGCUGUGCCGUGUAUCAAUAGAAUUGUACAGCGUCCUAUUAUCAGUGAUGAUGAUAGCUAGCGUCUCCUCAUGAAACGCAGUGAAACGGGUCAGACAUUUUGCAUCUCAUAAUCCUUGUUUACAAAACAACAAGCAGUAGCCUCGGGACGACGGAUCCGCAACAGGAGCAACUUCCGCAACAAUGGUGGCACGUGCGGGACGCAGCCGUUUCUUUGCCUGCCUGGGGCUGCUGAUACUUAUGGUGGGCUUCGUCACCAUGUUCCACAACUCCCAGCAACAGCUAGACGAGCUGCGGCAGCUGGGGUUACGGUGCGAGCAGCAGCAGAAGUCCGUCCAGGCGCAGAUGGAAGUGAUCGUCGAUCAGAAGCUGCGGCUGGAGAACUCGCUCGAAUCGGAACGCAUGAUAAACGAUGCCAAUCGGAAAGAGUUGAAGCAGAAGGCAAAGGAGGAGCAGGAAGAGCACAGCAAGUCCUCCAUGGAGGCCAACAUUCGGUACGCUUCCCUGCAGCAGCAAUGCAAUCUGGUCAAAAGCCAGCUCGGUGACCUUACGGAAGAGUGUAGCCGCAGCAAGAAGCAGCAGUCAGAGGAGAUCAAUUCGCUGCGACUGAAGGUUUCGGAGUUGCAGGGAAAGGUACAGCGGUACAAACAGGAGUCAGCCAACGAUGCAGAACAUUUGAAGGCUCAAAUAGUACAACUUAAGAGCGAUAAGCUCAACCUGGAGGCAACCUUACGCCGCCAGCUCGGCGAGAAGGAUCAUGUGAUCGAGAAGAUGCGUGAUUUGGCGACGAAGAUGGAGAAAGAAAAUGCCCAUUACCUCGAGAACUGCAAGCUACCGACAGGUCAGCUUCCGAAGCAGCAUCACCGUUACCGAGACGUGCUGGAAGCACUGUCCAGGGACGCCGCAGCGAACGCCAACGCACCGGCGCACAAUUUCAACGAGCAGCUAUCCGUGAGUGAUGAUUUGUACCGCAUACCGGUAGCAUUAAAAGCGCGACACUUUGCUGCCACCCCGGUCAACCUUUCGGGUGCCAGCUCCACCACGGUAUCUAUCGGUCUAUUGCCCUCAACCUCCAUUCCCUCUUUCGCAACUAACAACAAACAAAGGCCCGGCGGUAUGGUGGUGGUGCCGAAUGAGUCCGAAGAACAGCAAGAAACGCGUGUCAUUGCCAACCCGUUUGAGGUUGUACCCCGUGCCGAUCCGAACAGCGACCGCCGGAACCCUGAAGCGGUGCCGAUGCGCUCGCGAACUAACCCCACUGCUGACGGUUCCCCGCUACAUCCGGCGCUCGAUGGUGGUAUCAUUAAUUCUGUGGAAAAUUUUCAGAUCAUUCCAAAACCGCUGCCGGCGGUACCCGUUCCGGAAGGCGCACAGCAGGCCAACAAUGUGCUGCAGGAACCACACUUGAUGAAGACUUCCACAUCCGUCUCGACCAGCGGCGGGAAGCGAUCAUCUGAUCGUAACCUGCAGCUUCCAAUAUUGGCCGCACCGACCGUACUGCCCGGUCCCUCGUUGGAGCACUCAAGCAAGCGAAGCAACAAUGGCGCGGAUGGCGGUGGAGGAACUCUCUCCGGGAGCAGUGGCAAAAGCAGUAGCAGUACAACGACUUCCACUACUACUAAUGCAUCGAUAAGAAAGGCCGCUGGUGCGGCACCCAAUCGGUCGGUAGGAUCAGCGGCACGGAAACCGCUAAGCAACCGGCACACGAAACAGGUCCCUGUUGGAAUCGUACCGUUCCCCGAUAUCAUGCCAGACCUGGAGCAAAACAUAAGCGAAAACAUCCUGGACAAUCGAUACGCCAAUGUGGCUGCCGCUGCUGCGGGUGGAUCGACAGGAGGCGGUCGUCCCAUUGGUGAUGCCGCUAGUUCGGUGGCAGUGGGUUCCAAGAAAGGUUCAGCUGACAAGCAGCGGCGACAUGGUGGGGCUGAUUUGAACUUCCUAAACGGUGGUGGAGUUAAUCCAGUGGACGACAAUGGUGCGCACGAAGUGCAAGAUACAGAGAUGAGAGCAAAACAUUCCCCCGGAGCCGGGGGGCUUGGGGCGUUGGAUGGUGAGCGUAGGGCGGAAGCUGGAGGUCCAGCGGCCGUUGCCGCCGCCGCCGCCUCUGCCGACGAUGAUCAGCUAGCCAUGGGCAACGAAAACAAUCUGAAUGCGGCAGAAGAGGACACCAAUCUGUACGAUAACGCAAACGAUGGCGGUGUCGGGCUUGGCAACAACAAGGUACAGUUUGGUGGGGACCAUCAGCAGCACCACCUCGAUUACAACGAUGUGAUGGUGCCGGGGGGGCACGGUAUCGGUCGGCAGCAUAUCGGAUCCAAACGGCGCGAUGGCGCGGCUGCCGGUGGUGGCAUUGACAGCAAGGGCGUCAUCAUAGAUCGGUUGGGUGAUAAGCUUAUCAACGAAAUUGCUCACGAUCACGGCAAGGAGGGUGAUAAUUAUCCGAACGAAAUGGAAGAUCUGCAUCUGGUGGGAAACGAAGCCGAAGAAGAGGAUGUGAGCGAUUACGAUGAUCCGACGGCCCUGAAGCAAGGACAUGCCGAACGCAACUAGAUGUGUUCAAUGUCAUGGACAAAAAGAAAUCAACCUACGCCACAACAACAUCCGUAGCACAACACAACCUCCUGACUGAUAGCGUUUGGUGAGCUGCUGCAGACUGCGGACUGAACCUGCUGCUUAGCCCAAUAAGCAUGCAAGUGAGAUUUAGGUCAAAUAUUGCACAGACAUAUUCCAUCGCUGGCUCAUCUCAUCUCACCAACGAAUCAUUUGCAUAAAUAGCGUUGAGAAGUGGACAUCGAGUUCAACCAGAUCCAGCAGUUCCAUUAGUGUAACUUUUUCGUUUUUCUGUCUCAUUUGUACUUGUUAAAUGUUUGCACUUGCAUUAGACGUAUUUGUGUCCUUUGCCAUGACCCUACCAGCCUGCGAACAGCUCCGUUCUGACUGGUUGUUCAAUCAUCUGUUCAUCCGACGCAAUUAAUUUUAACCAAACAGACUUAAUGGGCAGCAUCAGUAGACAAAACUCUCACGGCAAACAAUCAACCGUUACCACCUCCACUCUCGUCUCUAAUCGGUAGAUCUCUUCAGCUUUCUUAAUGUUGAUUCUGUAUUUUAUAAGCGUUUCUAAACCUAUUUUCACGGCUCCCUCUUUUAGUCGUAGCUGUUGAUUUUGUAUCCUGUUAUCUAUACUAGUGUCUCCAACAAAUGCCAUAUUUGUUACUUUAAUUUAUUGUUUUUUUUUUAACAAAGCUUACACAUCUCAUCCCUCUCGAUAGUACUAUUACUAUCUGUGCGUUUGCGGUUAUUGGAAUUUUGAUACUCAAAAGGAAUGAAAGUUACACAAAACAAUGAAAAAGCUACUUAAGUCUUCGCAUUGGAGACAUCACGACACAAAAAAAAGUGGUAGGAAGUGCAAGCGCAACAACACACGCCCGAAGAACAAUACUUAAUUUGUACACGAAAACUCAGCUUAGCAGAACCCAUCUGCUCUGGGCCGCCGCCCCCCUCUCUGUCGUUUAUAUUAGUGAAUAAGCAAGAAAGUUUUGCGUUAGCGUGUAAGUAUGCAGCAAGCAAAUCGAAUCGAAAUAUGUAUAUGAUGUGAUCGAGGUUUUUCUUUUCACACCCCCUACACAUUGCCGCGGGUAGAAAACAAACCAAGCACAAGCCCCGUGUCUCUGUUUUAAUCAGGCGAAUUUCUGGUUUAAGGAGAAUUCUUAGCAUAGCGUAGAGUUUGUACGACCGAAAACGCAAGUAUAUAUAGCUGAAAAUCGUACUGGGUGAGUGUUGUAACAACAGACAUGAAGGUACAAUAAAAAUGUAUUCCUUAAAAAUA